AUGCUGCUAGAUGGAUGCUUCAUCCUUCACCGCCUACUCAAGUACGCGCACAUCGCAAAAAGAGAAGAAGCAUUGGAGGUGAAGGCAAGUACAGCUAAGGAUGAGGAAGAGGAGGACGACGACUGGACCCAGGUACAGGAUGCCACCGUCGAGCUCUCUGAGUGGAUGCCAUGCGCGACGGAGCUGGAGGAGGCUGGCGUGAAGAUCCGGGCGCGACAGGGUGCAUCGAGCUUCCUCGACGUGGGGUUCGACGCCGGCUUCCUGGAGAUCCCGAUGCUGCAGCUGUACGACUACAGUGAGCAACUCCUGCGCAACCUGAUCGCCUUCGAACAGACCUACCCGCUCACGCCGGGCCACGUCACCGCCUACGCUAUGCUCAUGGACUGCCUCGUGGCCUCGUCAGAGGACAUGAGGCUGCUGCAGCUCAGAGGUGUGCUGAUGAACCAGAUGAACGGCGUGCGAGACAAGGACCAGACGGGGUUCUUCAGCCGCCUCUGCCACGGUGUACACAUUGCCGCCGACCGCAACUACCUCGGCGGUGUGAUCGCGGAGGUGAACAAGUACCAGCAGGCAAGGUGGCCCCGUUGGCGUGCGGCACUGGUGCGCAACUACUUCAGCAACCCAUGGGUGGCCACGUCGCUCGCUGCCGCUGUGUUCCUGCUGGCCCUCGCCAUUAUGCAGACCUUCUUCGCUGCGUAUUCCUACUUCAAGCCACCCCAUUGA